AUGCUUGUGAGGCAGUGUAUCGGAUGGAAUGAAGAAGUAACUUCCUGUUUCUCCACCUCUGUCCGUAGUGUUAUUAACAUCAUCAUCAUCCUGGCUGGAGCAAUUGCACUCAUCAUUGGCUUUGGCAUUUCAGGCAAGCAUUUCAUCACCGUCAGGACGUUCACCUCGGCUGGAAACAUCGGAGAGGAUGGGAUACUGAGCUGCACUUUUGAACCUGACAUCAAGCUCAACGGCAUCGUUAUCCAGUGGCUGAAAGAAGGGACCCUGGGUUUGGUCCACGAGUUCAAAGAAGGCAAAGACGAUUUCUCGCAGCAGCAUGAGAUGUUCAGAGGCCGGACCGCAGUGUUUGCUGAUCAGGUGGUGGUCGGCAACGCUUCCCUGAGGCUGAAAAAUGUCCAACUCAUAGACGCUGGCACCUACACAUGCUACAUCCGUACCUCCAAAGGAAAAGGGAAUGCCAACCUGGAGUAUAAGACUGGAGCCUUCAGUGUGCCAGAGAUAAACGUGGACUAUAAUGCCAGCUCAGAGAGUUUGCGCUGUGAGGCUCCUCGGUGGUUCCCCCAGCCCACAGUGGCCUGGGCAUCUCAAGUUGACCAAGGAGCCAACUUCUCGGAAGUCUCCAACACCAGCUUCGAGUUGAACUCUGAGAAUGUGACCAUGAAGGUUGUAUCUGUGCUCUACAAUGUCACAAUCAACAACACAUACUCCUGCAUGAUAGAGAACAACAUUGCCAAAGCCACAGGAGCCAUCAAAGUGACAGAUUCAGAGGUCAAAAGGCGGAGUCAGCUGCAGCUACUGAACUCGGGGCCUUCCCCACGUGUUUCUUCUGUCCUUCUGGUUGUCUGGGCACUGCUGUCUCUCUCCACUGCCACAUGCUAAGAUGAGGGGUCUUGGCCACACAAAAGCAUGCAAAGUGGCUGGUACGGCAGAAUCCCAGAGAUCUACAGACAUAUUCUCCACGGCAUAUGACCUAGUUUUGUAUUUCUGGGAGAAAUGAAUUCAUGUCUAGAAGUCUGGAGUGAACCAACAGAAAUAAGACGCAAAGAAGAAAACAAAAGCAACCCACAGAUGCCUCCGAUAGGAACAAGACGGACCUAGAAAAUAUUUCAGCCAAACUAGAGUGUAGUAAGACUGCUAGUACAAUAUAUGCAGGGUGGGCAUUUUCCCGGGCCUCAGGGACCUCCCCUUGGCCACCAGCUCCGGGGGAGUGAGAGGAUGGGUUGUUAGCGUUGCUCUCAGAGCUCCUGGAUGGGUUUGGUCGCCAUAUCCUCGUUUUGUAUUCAGCACAUUAAACAUAGUGUACACUGUGAAAAGCAGCUAAUCAGCCACCACUUCACAACUCCGAGGUGGCAGCGUUUGAGUGACAGCCCCCGCGAUGCUCUUCUCGUUAGGAUGCUUUCAAAAGUGCUUUGGCUUCUCCUCCCACCUGACAAAUGUCAACCAUGUAGGGAGGGUGAUCAUAAUUUCAGGGCAAACAAAAUAGUUGAGUGAUGCUGAUUUUUCCAAAUAAUCUCAAUGACUUCUUUCUCGGGCAAACAAAUGCAGCUUAGUUCUCGGAUGAUGCGGAUUUGUUCAUGGCCCAGG